AUGGAAGUUCAAUGGUGCAUGCUGAAAGCUCUCAUUUGGAUGGAGAUCAAGUGGCCACGGUAUCAGAUGGUGUUUCGGACUUGCAGGAUUUACGAAGAAGAAUUCAAGCUAUUGAAAAUGGAAUGGUGGAAAAGGAAAGGCAUUUUUCCGCAAAUCAGAAGCGUGAAAUCUGGCUCAGGAAAUGAAAUUCUGACAAAAGACAUCAUUCUUGAUCAGAUAUCAGAGUGUUCAUCCUAUGGGAUAAGCAGAAGGGACACCAUAGAGGCUGAUGGUCAGAUGCUUGAGUUGUGGGAAACCACUGACCAGGAUGCCAGCAUUGAUUUGAUGAUUUAA